GUGCAAAUAUCACAUGUACCCAAGUUUGGCACAGACGGACUCGGUUCGCCAACCAGUUGCAAAACGUCACUUUAAGCUCAGAUCUCCUCAGCUGAAGCACAUUUCCUUCUUGCUAAAAAAGCUAAUUUCUUAUUGCUAAUUUUUGCUAAGAUUAUCGUCAUUCCAAGAAAAAAUGUUUGUGGUAACAUUUGUGAGACAUGGCGAGACGGAGUGCAAUGUGGCCAACAUAAUUCAAUCUCACACUCCAGGACAGUUAACGGAAAGGGGAGUUUCUAUGGCAGAACGUCUUGGAAUCCAUCUCGCGGACGAGAAAUUCACACGGAUUUAUUCCAGUGAUUUAAAGCGUUGUCAUGACACGACGCUCAACAUUUUGAAGCAAUCAAGUCACCACGUACCCGAAAAAGAAGGGUACAGCGUUGAAGAGUUGUUAGUGCUGGAUGAAAUGUUGAGAGAAAGGUCAUGCGGUCCUCUUGAACUCCAACCUGGAGAAGAACUCGCAAAAAUUAUGCGAGAAACGGGUCUGAAAUUUCCCUACAUGCCGAUACCUGGUGGGGAACCGUAUCCCGAUUUUAAGCAGAGAACAGCCAAGUUUUUUAAUAUGCUGUGCAAACUUGCCGAUGUCGCGGAAAAUGAGGAAAAUGUGUUAGUUGUGACGCAUGGUGGUUGGCUGAUGGGUCUUUUGGAUCACUUGGUAGACUGCCCCCACGACAUUGAAGACUUUGACGAAUCUCUCGUUCAUUUGCGUCCCCACAACACGGCCACGACCAAGCUGGUCAUUCACAAGCAUGACUACAGCAAAAGUAACGAGGGGAGCAAGAGAAAAGUGACGGUAAAACAUGUCCAUGACAUAAGUCAUCUUCCAGAUCAUUUGCAGAAAGAAGCUUAAAAACUUUGGUGAAGGUUGACGUUCCAAAAUUUUGUAUUAUGCAAAAUGUAUUAAAAAUUGUGAGAGUAUGGAGUUAGUAAAAUGCAUGUCUAAAAGUUGACAACAUAAAUGGUACCAAUUUUUUAGUUGUUAAGAAAAUUGUAAUUAUUUAGUCAAUGAAGCGGAAGUCGGGAUAUUGCUACAUACUUGUAAAUAAUAGACUCCGGAAUUUAAUUUUGUAAUAAAAUGAUGAUACCUUUACAAAAAAGUGAUAUAAUCAAAGAGAUCUUAUCAAAUUCUAAUAAAAUGGAAUUAAAAAACUU